ACCAUGAGUUGGAGUUUCCUGACCCGUCUGUUAGAGGAGAUCCACAAUCACUCGACCUUUGUGGGCAAAAUCUGGCUGACGGCGUUGAUCGUGUUCCGGAUUGUCCUGACUGCUGUGGGAGGAGAAUCCAUCUAUUACGAUGAGCAAAGCAAGUUUGUGUGCAACACGGAGCAGCCCGGCUGCGAGAACGUUUGUUACGACGCUUUUGCUCCUCUUUCGCACGUCAGGUUUUGGGUCUUUCAGAUCAUUCUCGUCGCCACCCCGUCCGUGAUGUAUUUAGGCUACGCCAUUCAUAAAAUUGCCCGGAUGGUGGAACACAGCGAAGCCGACAGAAGAAUCAGAAGCAAAAGCUUUUCCAUGCGCUGGAAACAACACCGCGCCUUGGAGGAGGCCGAGGAGGAUCACGAGGAAGACCCCAUGAUGUACCCGGAGAUAGAGCUGGAAAGCGAACGAGAGAACAAGGAGCAGCAGCCCCCUGCCAAAGCCAAGCACGACGGCAGGCGGCGCAUCCGGGAGGACGGGCUCAUGAAGAUUUACGUCCUGCAGCUUCUGGCGAGGACUACGUUCGAAAUCGGCUUCCUCGUGGGUCAGUACUUCCUGUACGGCUUCGAGGUCAGCCCCAUCUUCGUGUGCAGCAGGAAGCCGUGCCCGCACAGGAUCGAUUGUUUCAUCUCCAGGCCGACCGAAAAGACCAUUUUCUUGAUCAUGUACGGCGUGAGCUGCAUGUGUUUGCUUCUGAACGUCUGGGAGAUGCUCCAUUUGGGAUUCGGCACGAUCCGUGACACGUUGAACAACAAGAGAAAAGAGCUGGAGGACUCCGGUACCUACAACUACCCUUUCACUUGGAACACUCCUUCCGCUCCUCCGGGCUACAACAUCGCCGUGAAGCCCGAGCAGAUGCAAUACACCGACCUGUCCAACGCCAAGAUGGCCUACAAGCAGAACAAAGCCAACAUAGCUCAGGAACAGCAGUACGGAAGCAACGAAGAAAACAUUCCUGCCGACCUGGAGACCCUGCAGCGGGAAAUCAAAGUGGCUCAGGAGCGCCUGGACCUCGCCAUCCAGGCCUACAACAACCAGAACAACCCUGCCGCUUCCAGAGAGAAGAAAUCCAAAGCGGGCUCGAACAAAAGCAGCGCCAGCAGCAAGUCGGGCGACGGGAAGAACUCCGUCUGGAUUUGA